AUGACAAGGGCGAGUGCGGCCACAAGGACUCCGGGAGAAAGGUCAGUGCCACACGCCACACCAGUCCACCUGCACCAGUCUGUGCCAGUCUGUGCCAGUCCACCUGCACCAGUCUGUCCCAGUCCACCUGCACCAGUCCAACCUGCCCCAGUCCGUACCAGUCCAACAACACCAGUCCACAUACACCAGGCCACCUGCACCAGUCUGUGCCAGUCCACCUGCACCACUCUGUACCAGUCCAACCUGCCCCAGUCUGUACCAGUCCACCUGCACCAGUCCAACCACACCAGUCCAACCUGCCCCAGUCUGUACCAGUCCAAUGACACCAGUCCACAUACACCAGGCCACCUGCACCAGUCUGUACCAGUCUGUGCCAGUCCAACCUGCCCCAGUCUGUACCAGUCCAACCUGCCCCAGUCUGUGCCAGUCCACCUGCACCACUCUGCACCAGUCCAACCUGCCCCAGUCUGUACCCGUCCACCUGCACCAGUCCAACGAUACCAGUCCACAUACACCAGGCCACCUCCACCAGUCUGUACCAGUCUGUGCCAGUCCACCUGCACCACUCUGCACCAGUCCAACCUGCCCCAGUCUGCACCAGUCCACCUGCACCAGUCGGUACCAGUCCAACCCCACCAGUCCACCUCAUAA